ACUUUGCUUUAAAUAAGUACAAUAAAGUCGAAAUGACACUAGAAUAACAGAGAUAUAUGUAAAUCAGUACUACAGUAUUAUACAGUAGUUAUUUACAGUCAUAGAAUGAAUUGGGAACUACUGGAUGUCUCCUCUACUACAUUGUACUUUUAAUACUGAACUGAUUAGAUUUUGGUAUACAUCAAACAAGGUCACAGGAAGGUCAAAUGUCACAAAACAUUAAUUGAACAGCUUCCUUUGUGUAUAAUUUAAGGAUAUUUCAGGUAUGCACACCCUAGUUAAACUAAAGUUGCUGCCAGAUUAAAAGGAAAUGCUGAUUUUGAAAAGGACACCAUGUGCAUUUUUUGUAGCUGUAGCUUUAGGGAGGAGAAACUCACAGGAAAUGUGUGAUGUCAGAAUCUCAUUUCAUACUUGGACUUGAGAGGGUGUGAGCUCAGUUUGAAUUCAUACCAGCAUAUCAAGAAGACAUGCAGCACACAGACCUAAUAAUGCUGAUGUGGACUAAAGUAGUGCUUCUUAAUAAAUGUGUAGUUCCUGCACAAAUGAACGUCGUCCAUCAGCCAAACCCGGUGAUCGCUGCUUCUGCUGGUGAAGAAGUGACUCUACAGUGUUUUCUGCUGGAAGAACAAAACACAGAUCCCAUCGUUUGGUACAAGCAAGCAGCAGGACUCGAGCCUUCUUUAGUGGCCGUAGUACAGAAAUUACAGGAUCCCAUUUACAACAAGGAAUUAAAUUCCACAAGGUUCCGAAUCGAGAAAGAAAACAAAAGCUGUAAUUUGAGAAUAAUCAACGUGGAAGCGUCAGACGAGGCCGUGUAUUACUGCGGCAUGAUUACAUUUUACACAGUGUUUGCGAAAGGAACUUUUUUAUCAGUGAAAAGUGAUGAAGAUGUAAAAGUCUCAGUGUUCCAGAGCAGUGUGUCAGACUCGGUUCCUGCAGGAGCAUCAGUGACUCUGCAGUGUUCGGUUCUCUCUGAGAGCAGAGCAGCAGAACUCCAAGUGCUCUGGUUCAGAGCUGCUCCAUCACAAUCCCAUCCUCAACUCAUUUACACUCAUCACAACAGCAGCCUUCAGUGUGAGAGCGAAUCUUCUACACACACCUGUGUGUACAACUUGUCCAAGAACAUCUUCAGCCUCAAUGAUACUGGUACUUACUACUGCGCUGUGGCCCUGUGUGGGAAGAUCAUUUUCGGGAACGGGACACAACUGCAGCUCGUAGAAUCAGUGGAUCCUGUAGUGAUCUUCCUCACUGUAGCUUUGGGAGUGUGUGUGGUUGUGAUCUCUGUUCAAGUUCUUUUAUUCUGUAAAUGGAUAAACGCUAAAAAACAACACACAAAAGAGUGUGAUAUAAAUCAAGUCCAUUAUUUUCCAACAGAGAGACAAAACACUGUGCAAAGACCUGAACAAACACACAAUCAGGAUGGCGACUCGGUGGAGCUGAAUUAUGCUGCCUUACAUAUAAAUGAAAAAAAAUCCACAACAAGGAGAGAAAAGAGAAAAAUACAUCAAAAGUCUGUUUAUUCUGAAGUCAGAUUUCAGAAAGUUACUUAGAGGACAUGGUUUUUAAAUUUUAUUUUAUUUUUUGU